GUUUGGCAUUUUCUCCACUUUUUCCCAUUUGAUUCUCAUGAUCAAACAAUGUACAGAGGAAGCGACGAAUAAAAUUGCAGCCCUUCUUGUUCGUUGUUACCAGUCUUACGUCGACCAUCGACCAUCAUGAAGGAGACGCCGAUCGUCUUCCAUGCGGCUUCCAUCGUGCUGUUCGUUAUUUCCAUCCUCAACUUGCCGUGCGUGAUCGAGUCUUCAAGAAGAGUUGCGUCCUCCCGUCAGAGCUCUGCUGGAUAUCUCGAUCCCUAUAAAUUCGCAUACGCCGUCAAGACGCCAUUACCUUUUCACGCCGAUUUCGGCCAAUUUCCAGUUGAAGGAACGUCGUCCAAUGUCCAUUCCACGCGUGAAAGAUUGUCCAGUCAACAAGGGUCUCGCGGUACAGCGAAUAAAGCCAGGUCGAUUUCAUCCGGUCAAUGGUCAACUGAUGACGAAACCUUGAUUGCUUUGUCCGCAUCGAUAGACGAAUCGACAUUCGGAGAAAGAAUCGUUCCCAGAGGGAGCGCAGGUAGACAUCAACAGUUGACGUUUCAACCGAGCCAACAGUUUAUCGUGACUAGCUCCCCUUCAAUUCAAAAUGAGAAACGUAGCGAGUUGAAUGAGAAGGAAAUCCUCGAAUUCUUUGCUUCUGUAUCUGAUUCCCAACCAGUUAGAAAUAACGAACCCUCCCCACAACAUGAAGAAACGGCCAGAUUGACCGAACCUUCCCCUUCCGAGUUCCAAGAUCAGUUCAAAGAUACCAACAAUGAAGAAGGUUUUUUUAAAUCCAAUGAUAAUUUACCCUUCCGUCACGUCUUUAAUCGAUAGCCAGAAGAAUAACAACGACGGAUUUCAAAUUGAAAGCUCGGAUUUCGGAUCGCAUUCACGAUCCAAUCCGUCUGAUUGGAGUAACUCGUAUUUCCCAGCAUUCGGUCCCAAUUCUGCUGUGCCCGACAUAUUCAGACAUACUGCAAUCCCAUCUGUGGAGACUGAACUUGCCGGAAGGGAAGUCGGCUCUCCAGCAAGUGUGUCUUCUUCCAUUGACGCGUUGUACGCGAAAUUCUCGCCAUUCCCGCAACAGGAAUCUUUCCGUCUCACAGAUUUUUCGACUCAAUUUACGCCGAUUGAGAACACCGCCGAACGUCCGUUUACUUUAAAAGUCCGUGAUGCCGAAACGUUCAGCCCUCCGCUAUCAAAAGAAAUCGCUCCUUACGUGCAAUCGGUGUCUGCUGAACCUCCGGCAUUUGUUCCAUCGACGCCCUUCAAAGCGAAUGAUUUCCUUCCGUCGAGGUAUCCGGAACUGCGACCGCCCAGCAGGACGGCGACCCCUACUCCGGUAGUGACAUCAAGCACCGAGAGCAUCAAACCAUUUCAACAACCCAGAUUUCCUGAACCUAAUAGGUACGCGGGAUUUAUUCCUCAACCUCUUUCGGGACCAGGCGAUUCUUUCACCCAGUUCCCGAAACCUAAUUUCCCUACUUUCCCCUCGUCUCCUAGUAAAACGGUGUACUUUGGCGGACAUCCAAACGAGCCUCCGUCGCAUUUACAGAAAAAUAUCGUGAGUUUCAUUAAAGCGAGAGCAGUUCCCGAUAAGGUACUCAGUCCUCCGAAUUUUCGUGCCGGCGAUUCUGCAUUUCCCCCCGGUAAUUUCAUCAAGUCUUUCCCUUUCAAAACGCGAACUUCGAACGCCGAACUUGUCUCGCCAAAGCAGAAAAGCACCACAGCACCUGUGUCAAAGGUGAACGUCCAGACGGUUCGCUCACCGCCUUCCAACGUUGUCAAUCUAGGGCCUGCACCGCCGAAAGCUUUCACUUCAAGCAGACCGAAGCAAAAUAGUUUGGUCACACCGAACAACGUGAAACCACCAGCUUUCGUAAACACUGUUGCCUCUACGGCUCGUCCGCCGAGCACCUCGCCUAUUCCGACAACAGAAACCAUCAAAGUUUCAUCCACUCCAAAGCCUUUUUCAAUUUCAUCGACUACCAAACCAACGCGUUUCGUUGCUUCGCCAUUGCUCUCGUACACUAAACCUAUCCCUGCAACAAAUACAUUGGAAUUAGCUCGACCCGUUCGAGUAGCCCAGCAAUUUAAUCAGCAGAUUCGUCCGCAGGCUAAUGCUUUUCAAUCGGCAAAGAGUCCAGUUCAACAAGCACAAAGAGGAACAUUUUCUGGCUGGACUGGAUCGAAUUCAUUCACGCCAUCUCGGCCCUAUUCUUUCGUAUCGUCCAAUCCAUUUGUUCCGGUGAAAAAUCCCCCUAUCCCGAUAUCCCCACAAAUUAGGCAAGUCCUGCCGUCCCUCACGAAGAAUCCCGCAGCCGUUCCAGUGCUGGCGCCCCUACCGGUGUAUCUUCAACCUGCAAGCGUGACCCUGCCCCAAAGACCAUCGUCCAAGACUUUUUCUCUUCCUAAUAUCGAGAAACCCGUUUAUUACCACGCGUUUGUGUCUUAUGGUUAAUAACGCAUUUUUUUCUUUUUCAUAAUGGCUCACUUUGUUUGCAAUGGUUUUUGUUUUGUCCGGCAAAAGGCUCUGCGAGCCAUCUGCUAACGGCAGAAUUAUUAUUAUGUGUUUUCGUUCAGCCAAGAUGCUUUUAAGGUAUGUGUGCUAUCAUCUACGUGUGUACAGUCAACGGAAAGUUUUGUUUUUCGGCUGUAUGUAAUUUGCAAAAAAAUUUUGAAUAAAAGCAUCGGCACUCUA